GUUAGUUCCUGAACAGACGAUUUCAGAGUUCGGCUACUUGUGAAAUAAUUGACCGUCUCGUAAUCACAGCUUAUCAUUUGAAUGAGCUUAAGAAGACCAAGCAGGAUAUUGAUACUUCAAGUUGUUAUUUCCAAAAGAUUGAAAUGAUGUCGAAGCAAGGAAGUGCUAGUGAUUUAAAGCUUUCUGUUCAUGACAAGAUAUGGAACUUCGAUGUAUCUGAACCUAGGAUGCACUUAAAAGGCUUCACAGUCUACAAAAUUACAUGCAGAUUUUUUCCCAUCAGCUGUCCAGAGAGUCUGAAUGUGAUAGUGACUUGGAAGCGCUACAAUGACUUUAAAAACCUCUACAAGUCUAUGUUAAAUCUUCACAAAGCUUUGCAUAGGCGUGACCAGUUCCCAGUCUUUGCAAAGCCAAAAGUCUUUGGUCGUUUUGAAGAAGCAGUCAUAGAAGAACGACGUCAGAGUGCAUUGGCUUUGCUAAACUUCAUUGGAACUCAGCCACAUUUGUAUAAAUCACCACUGCUGGCACAGUUUCUUGCUGAUGGACAGAUAGAAUCAUCCAAAUCAGAUCUGCUGUCUCCUCAACCUGCUCCAGAAAGUGAAAAUGCUAGGGGAUCAGGGAUGGACAUACUGUCAAGCUGGCCACCCUUGGGGGAUGGGCUUCCUGCUCCCAAUAUCUCCCCCACACCUGUCUCUGCAUCCUGCCCACCAUUUGUUUGGAACCAAAGUUUUUUGUCGGAUCCAGCAGAGACAGGAGGCGAAGAAACUAACGGCACAAACACCUACAAGAACGAAGGGGAGAUCAGUUUGCAUCAAACUCUGGACUCAGCAAGACCCAAACUGUUGGAAGGGACUUGGCAGUUUCCCCAGAUUCCUGACAGCAUUAGCCUUGACUCAUCUACAGGUGAGGAGGACACAGACACAGGUGACUUGGACUCCAUUCUCAGUUCUUCCUUGCCAGAUGCUGAUCUAAACUUUUUUGACCCUCUCCGUGCCGAGAGGGACACUGCCAGUGAAACAGAAGCUGAUUCUGAGGGUGAGCUAGUAAAGAGCAACACGUGGCUGAUGGAAGCCAUUUCAGCUUGUGCUGGCAUGGAGGAUACCAAUGGCUUUGCUGGGCUGAGCACUGCCGGGAAUAAUGAGACUAACACUGGAUCUUCACCUGCUGCUGUUGGUCAUUUGUCAAACCUGCAGGACCCAGGUUUGGAGGUCCAUAGUUUGGAUGGUGGCAUGCUAAUAAGGAAAGAUUCAUCAGGUUCUACUGUAGAAGUUGGAAAAGGUGAUGAACACUUUGUACCAGUCAGCUCACUUGGACCAACAAGUAGUAUGGAAGAAAAAGUCAUUUGUGGAAAAGGGGAUAUUGACUUGUCCAGCCAUGGAUCUACCACACACAGCAUCAGCUCAGCCUCCAGCGUAGUUACAUCUCCUUUACAUACUAGGUCUGCUUUGCUUCAUGAUUCAAAAUCUUCAUCUCCGGUGCCUGGAACCAGCAGAGCUGGCUCUGUUUCAGCCACUCCAGUGCCUGGGAGAGCUGGCUCUGCCUCAGCCACUCCUUCACUGAGCCCUGCAGUCAGCCCUGCAAGGGCUAAGUUACGUUCUCCUACAAUGACCAGUGUGUCCACUAUGGACUUGGGUGGUAAAGAGGACUACAUUUAUUUAGCUGCCAGUCAGAUCUGCUUGGCGCAGAACAGUGAAGCUUCUGGACAUUACCAGCAGGCAUUCAACCAUUACAAGAUUGGCGUGGGCAUUCUACUGCAAGGGGUUCAAGGAGAUGUCAACAAGGCUCGUCGAGAUGCUGUUAGGCGUAAAACAGCUCAGUAUCUUAUGAAAGCUGAAGACCUGUAUAACAGACAUCUAGCAACAGAAAAUUUGGAUGAACGUCGUUGGGCUGCUGAUAGCUAUGUUUCACCAUCUUUAGAGCUGGAUCCAUCAUUUGCAUUUAUCAGAGGGUCCAUUCGUGAUCUAAGACACUAUCAGGUGUUGGGUGCUAUUGACAAAGUCAUUCUAGUCCUUGACAAGAACACAGAUGAGACUUUUGUCAUAAAGACAAUUCAGAAGUCAGCAUCUGGUCUGCUGGCUACUGAGGGAGGACAGCGGAGCAUUCUUCCAACUACAUGCCCAUAUAUGGUCAACCUUCAUAAAUUUUUUGAGACUGACAGUGCUCUCUAUCUUCUGCUGCAGUAUGCUAGUGGUGGUCGGCUUUGGUCAUACAUUGCAGCUUAUUUGCAGCAGUCAUCUGGUCUUUCAGCCAAUGCUACUAAUAUGGAUAAUUAUUUCAAUAUAGGUGCUCCAGUGGGCAACAUUUAUACUGGGCACAAAAUGUUUGAGAGCACUAACACUGUAUUGGAUAAUCUUCAGAAGAAGCCAGGUGAAAAUCAAAGUGUCACAGCUGCUGAAAUCCUACGACCUGGAGAUCCUGUCUUUUCUCCUACAGGUGUCCGCUUUUCCAAGUUGAGAGAAGAGAUUGAGUCACCUGAAGACCAGUCCACCAAAGAAGAGCAGAAGAGUGAACAUUUUGAUGGUGAGGGAGACAGAUCUUCAGAACCAAUAGAUUCAAGACGUCUCUCUAGUUUAUCUUCAGACGAGUUCCAUCGUUCAUUAAGUCAAGAGGAAGUACAGGCAGGUGUUGAUCACUUCCCAACGUCUUUGGAGGGAAUGGACCAGUUUCAGGACUUGCUAAAGAAAAACAAAGUGAACUUGGAAAAUUUUUCCAUCAACAGCUUUGACAGUGACUACAAUGCUCAUCUCAGCAGUACUCUCUCCACCAGUCAGCCCUUGGAAGAGGUUGAUGACCAGAAUAUGCCCAUUUCAGCACAGACAGGUUCUGUUACUCAUGGUUCAUUUGCAGAUGAAGUGUUUUCUGAAUCAUUUGUUGGUCCUGUUUUAUCUGAGACAGCACCCUCAGAAAGCAGUGCAGGAUUAAACAGCAUUGUGGAGACUUCAAGACAGUUGCUGAGAUCAGUGGAGCGCACAUUGUCAGAAGCAGAUGACAAAGCAUUUACUUCAGAAAAUCAUUUGCAGCCAAAAGAGUCCAUUGGUGAACAUUCCGGGCAGAGAGAGGAUGUUGUCCCUGAGAGAGAUUCAAGUGAGUCUGAUGAAAUUAGUAUCUAUGACCUUCAUCGAACAUCGGAUGAAGAUGACUCGGCAGAGCAUGCAAGUCUGAAAGGAACAGAAAAUGGCAAUGUCAUUGUUGGAAUGGGUGAUGUGUCAGUUACGGUGUGUUGUCAUGAACCUAGCAGUAAGCGGAGGACAUCUCAGACUGAGGACAAAGCAGAAACUCUGAGGCAUCUGUCCUCAGUGGCUGAUGACAUUGAAAGAGGUUCUCAGUUAGAUAAUAGUUCUGUCAUGAAACAAAAUGGUAUCGAUCUCACCCUGGAUGGAGAAGUUAGCACUAGACAGAAAUCAGCAUCUUUUACAUCAUCACCAACCUUAUCCUGCUCUCCUGGAAAGAGAUCAAUUUCCUUCAGCACCCCACUUCCCAAAGCAACAGUUUCCAGUACUGCAAGUUUGCCAAAGCACACAGGGAGAAAAGUGUCCUUCUGUAGGAGCAUUUCAGGUGACAUGACACGGUCGGCCUCAUUUGAGUGCGAUGUUAAGUCGCCUACCCGCAAUCGUGCACGGGCCAUCUCAGACCUUUUUGAAAACCUUGACCGUGAGAGCGUAGAGCAGAUGGUGCUGCCUGAAACUGUGGUGCAGCGGUGGGCAGCUGAGCUGGUCAUUGCCUUAUCUCGUCUUCACUCUUUGGGCAUCAUCUGCAGGGAUUUAAAACCAGAUAAUAUACUGCUUGGGGAAGGUGGCCACAUUUUUCUGACCUACUUUUGCCAAAUUGGACAAGCAGAAAAAGAGUUAGACUGGACAGCAGUAGAGCAGAUGUAUGUAGCACCAGAGGUUCGUCUGAUAUCUGGGUAUGACAGCUCCUGUGACUGGUGGAGUUUUGGUGCACUCUUGUAUGAGCUUCUGGUAGGAAAGAGUUUGCAUUUCUGUCAUCCUGGAGGAAUUUUGUCUUAUACUAACAUUUACAUCCCACCACAUGUAUCAUCAGAGGGUCACAGUCUGCUGCAAGAGCUUCUCCGUUACAAUCCACGUGAACGUCUUGGCUCUGGGGUGGCUGGAGCUGAAGAGAUCAAGGCUCAUAACUUUUUUUUUGGCAUUGAUUGGAAUCAUCUGGAAUAUAUUUAAUGUGUUGUAUACCCUGUAUGUGUUCAAGAGUUAUCUAGUGCAUAUUUUAUGAGAUUACAGUUUAUUUUUGAAGUUUGAGAAUUACUUUAAGAGCAUCUGAAGUGAUGUGAGCCUGACUUCACAGUUUGGAAUUGAGUUGCAAAAAGUGAAGCAUUUUCAAAAAAGUAGAAUCAGACAACAUGAUGUUUCAAAGCUGAUAGGUGGUAAUAAUAUUUACUAGAAGUAAUGCAUUGUGUUUAAGCUAAGAAUAGAAAUAUGUCUUGUUGCAAAUAGGUAAGUAUUUUAAAAUGACUUGAACAAUUUGGCAAUAUUUAUAUGAACAAAAGAGUCCCUGUAAUAUUUCUUCACUAGCUGUCUGUCUUGAUUUGGCUGUGAUAAACUGGCUAGACAUCCUUAAUCUUAGACAGAUUUGCUGUUGUUUCUUUGUCUUUGCAUUUCAUAAUUAUUAUUGACUAGUCAUAAGUGUGAUGUUAGUCCAUUUCAUUUUAAAAUUCUUGACUGUUCUAAAACUAAAUGCUGAGCUGAGUGGAAAAAGCUGCUUGUGAAAACUUGUAUAUAUCUGGUGUAAGUUUUGAAGUGUUUGGUUUAUCUGGUUUAAGUUAAGUUUUGAAGUGUUUGUCCAUGAUGGUCCCUUAGGUUUUAAAGUUCGCACUUCGUGAAGUGGCAGCAAUGUUGGUAUAGGUUAUUGUCAUUGUAAAUACCUGAGUUGUUUUGUAGUGUUGUAAAAAAACUGAGAAUUUUGAGUUAAGUGUUUAAAAUAAUCUUUAAAGGUUCAACAGGAAUAUCUUGGUAUAUUAUACAUACUAAUCAACUUUAUUAACUUUAAGGCCGUUCUGUGCUUUGAAUAACUACUUAAGUCUCUGGCAAAUGACAGAUAAAAUUUUUUUUAAUAAACAUUAAGCCAUUUCUUCAUUAAAUAAUUUGAUGCAGUUAUGUUAAACUUAGUCAUACACAAAACCCAUGGCAGUAAUGUCUCUGAAAGACUUUCAGUAAAUUUUUCAAAGGGGCUGGAGGAAUUAUUACAGAAUUACUAAAAUUAGAUACAAAGUCAGGAGAAUGCUAUAUUUUUAGCAUUCCUUCAGCUUUCAGCUACAUAACAAGUUUUGGCUCUUUGCAUUUGUUUUCUUAAUGGUAGGUUAUUUACUUCCACUUCCUUUCAACAAGUAUUUCUGCUCUGUUGUGAUCUUGUUAGAAAACAUUUUGCAUAUACAGCUGGCUUCAUUCCCAGUCCUGACUGAUAUUAUUUCUAGGACUAAGUUGUUGGGGGAAGCAUAUGGAUAAAUGCUGCAGUUGACAAAUCUGCCUUUCCUAGAUGAUAGUGAGCAGGUCCUGCACAGGACAACCAUUCCACUCCUUUAUUUUUGUAACCUAGUUCUUCCUCUGGCCACCAUGGCAUCAACCUUGAAUGACAGUCUUCAACAGGGUGUUGUGCCUGGUCACAUGGCCAGACCAAACCGGCUUCUGAUGCUUGAUAUGAUCCCAAGAUUAUUUUGCCUUGGUUGUUUAUUUACUUAGUUUAUUGUUGUUUCAAUAACCUUUGCCAUAAAUAACUCAUUCAUAACAUUUAUCAUAGAAAAUGUUUUGUUUGGUGAAUGUGGUGGAUGCACUGCAAAUGUAAAAGAAGUGCUCAUGCUUAUUUGUAUAACACUUACCAUUGUUGUUUGAACUGUUGGGUUGAUACAUAUGUCAAGCCUAUAACCUGAAUAUGCCCUGGUUUAGUCAGUAAAGGUUAUUGCUUGCACAUUUAGGCCCACUGAAUUAUUGAGCAUACAUCUUUCAAAUUUUAAGAAUCGUUGUUACUGACAGAACAGCUUUUGUUUGACCAGCUGUUGGCUGGUAACAGCUGGUCAGUAGGUUCCAUCACAUUGUCAUCUUUUUGUUCUUUAGGGAAGUUUGAUGAAGGGAGGGAGGGAAAACCACAGUAUCCAGAAUCCCUGACAGCAGCUCUGUAAGCCCAGACAGAAUUAUGUUAGCCAAAAGACAAGAUCUGAUCCCAGUACCUUACAUUGUUUUGUGGAAACCAUGUGAUUGACUGUUGUACUCAAGCAGUGUAGACUUUGUAAACUCAGCAUGAAUGUUUAUCAAGGGCUUUGCAAUGUGCAUUAAGAUGUGAAUGAUGCAAUGUUUUGGCAGUGGUUAACAUGGUGUGGGAAUAAAAGUAUAUUUGAUGGAGACUGAAUAUGAAUUUGUGAUAAUAAGAUGAUCAGGUCAACAGUAUUUUCAACUGUACUAUCUUCUUAAAUGUUGUUUUACCUUGAUAUUUUUAACAGUUUGGAAAACCUAUGAAUUCAGCUGAUAUAUUGUGGAAAGCUUGUGCGUGUAUAUAUAUGUGUGUUUCUUGAUAACACAAAUUUUUUUUGUUUUGGUCACAUUCCUGUUUGCUACCACAUGAAGUGAAGCAGAGUUAUACUAUGAUCUGCUAUGAUGCCGAAAUUUCUGUGUGCACAUGUUGGAUUGCACACAACUCAUUAAGAAAUAUUGACGCUUUGACUGUGAUUGUUUUGUUCAUUUAAGAAUUAACUUAAAUGUUAGCAAUCAAGAGCCUUAGCUUUUUUUGUCCUGAGCAGAGUGCUGUACAUUAAUGUUAUAAAGUUGAUGCAGCUAUUCAUGCCAUAUCUUCAAACAAAAAUGCUCAAUUCAUUCAGUAGAAAACAAUAUUAUGACUUAGUCUUUACUGCAUCUUGCAUGUUUUUUCCACAACAGGACCAUGACUGCUUUCUUUAAAUCUGUACUCGGUAUAUUGUGCAGAAAAGUAUGUGCAGUCAGCAGAAGAAAUAGGACUGAAGGUCAGAGUUUGGUAUUUUCUUCUCUGUUGUAUUAUGUUGCAAACGAAAGAGAUGUUUCUAUUUGCCACUACUGAUGAAAAUGUAUGAGAAAGAAGUAUGCAGGAGCUAUAUUAAAUUCAAGAAGAAUCUUUGCAUAGAUGUUUUAAUCAAGCAUGUCACAUUAAUAAUGAAUUUAAAUUCAUGUAACUAACUUUUUAAUUAUGGCAAAUAUUGGCUUUAGCUUUCAGUAUCUAGUAAGAAGGAUGUUUACUUUGAAUAAUAAAAGAUGUAAUGCUGUAUGUUGACAUUUUGAUUUACUUUGGAAAAAAUUUGUGCAUUUUGGAUCUCAUUCUUGAAUUGUAAAGCGUCAAAGCCUUGAUGGAUUUUUCCCCAAAGAUUAGUAUUUCUGUUUUCUUGGAACAUAAACUUCGUCUUUUUAACUUAUGGUUUUAUCAGACAACCGGGAUGUUCAAGCAAAUUCUGGAUGCACAUAUACUAAAUGUAAUCUUGGUAUAAGUGUGCCAAGUGGUUAUUUUAUUUUUGACCUGUAAUGAAUAAAAUGUAUCGAUGAA